AUGGCCACAGCCAUGAAUGUCACCCAGCAAGUAAACCAGGUGUUCCAUUCCUACAAAUUCGAACAGAUUGGGCCCGUUUUAAGGGUCUUUGUGGAGGAGUACUGGGCAACCUCGUUCUCCAUAGCUCUCAUCUACCUGCUGCUCAUUUUUGUGGGGCAGAACUACAUGAAGACACGAAAGGGCUUCAACCUGCAGAAGCCUCUUGUCCUCUGGUCCUUUAGCCUUGCCAUCUUCAGUAUCCUGGGGACAGUGAGGACGUGGGCCUUUAUGGGGACCGUGCUACACAGAAUAGGCCUAAAACACUCUGUGUGCUUUGGCUUCUUCAUCAGCAAUACCACAGUCAAAUUCUGGUCCACCCUAUUUGUUUUGAGCAAGGUCAUUGAACUUGGAGACACAGCCUUCAUCAUCCUGCGUAAGCGGCCGCUCAUCUUUGUGCACUGGUACCACCACAGCACAGUGCUAGUGUUCACAAGCUUUGGGUUCAAGAGAAGCAUGGUUUCUGGUGGCUGGUUCAUGACCAUGAACUUUGGCGUGCAUGCCAUCUUGUACACCUACUACACUCUAAAGGCUGCCAGAAUGAAUCCUCCCAAGAUGAUUUCCAUGCUUGUCACCAGCCUACAGAUCCUGCAGAUGUUUGUAGGAGCCAUCAUUGGCGUCCUGACUUACACCUGGAGACAUGAACAGGGAUGUGACACCACCACAGUGGAACAGUUCUUCUGGUCCUCCAUGUUAUAUUUAACUUAUUUCAUCCUCUUUGUCCAUGUCUUCUGCCAAUCCUACAUCAUACCAAAGGUCAAAAACAAGACCAAGAGCCAGUGA